CCGCGGGCGGCCCUUGUCGCCGGAACUGUCCAUCUCGCCCCACCCGCAUCCCCGAGCCCGGCAUGCCCAGCGACUACGUUCCGCCGCCCCAGGUUGUGGUUCUGCCCACCACGAACGAGCUCAAGGCCCUCCUGGCUAUCAUCCGCUGUCGCGAAACCAACCGGGGCGAUUUCAUUUUCUACAGUGACCGCAUCAUUCGCCUGCUGGUCGAAGAAGCGCUGAACCACCUGCCAUUCGUCCCAAAAAUCGUCAAGACCCCAACAGGCUCGGAUUACCAUGGCCUGGCGUUCAAGCAAAAGAUCUGCGGUGUUUCAAUCAUGAGAGCCGGCGAGGCCAUGGAGCAGGGCCUCCGCGACUGCUGUCGGAGCGUCCGCAUCGGCAAGAUCCUGAUUCAGAGAGACGAAGAGACUGCUCUGCCUAAACUGUUUUACUCAAAGUUGCCUCCAGAUAUCAGCGAGCGCUACUGCCUCCUUCUCGACCCCAUGCUUGCCACAGGAGGAUCCGCCAUCAAGGCCAUCGAGGUUCUGCUGGAGACCGGCGUCCCGCAGGAGCGCAUCAUCUUUGUGAACCUGCUCUGCGCGCCCGAAGGAAUCGCCAAGGUGCUCGCGGCCUAUCCCAAGCUCAAGAUUGUGACUGCCGAGAUCGACGACGGUCUGGACGAGCACAAGUACAUCAUCCCAGGGCUGGGAGACUUUGGCUGCCGCUACUUUGGCACUGAUGCCCCCUGAGCGUCUCACUGCACGGGGCUCCUCCUACGCGCUCGACUUGGCCAGAGCAACCCCGAUCCUGGGAACUUGUCCUUGCAUGAUGGUUGUGGAAGGAGAAUAUGGGUUUGGCUGAAAUCGAAUAUUGAAUAAAGCACAUGCGA